AUGGUGUCUGAGACUACGACCACUGGAUUUUGUGGCUAUGCUGUCGAAAUUCCCAGAGAUGCUUUUUAUCUUACUACCGAUAUUAUGAGUGAUGUUUGUAUGCACCUGGAUUUACUUCAUGACUACAAACCUUUGAACAGUCCACAAACAUUUACGCAUUCCAGUGGCAAGCAGGGAAUUAUUAAAGGACGAGGAACCUUGAAGUUAUCCGUAACAAAAGAUCAAGUCAUUAAGGUUCUAAAUGUCGCCUACGUUCCGGAAUGGGAACGGAAUGUGCUCAAUCCAUUACACAUAGAAGGUUGUGAAAGUGGAACGUUUUACGAACACGGCGGCCAGGUGAUUCAUAGAAGAUUUGGUAUGAUUGCAUACGAAGAAUGUCGUAAAUAUAGAUUGUCGUUAAAGGUAAUUCCUCCAAUGUGUCCGUCCCGCGAUUCGGAUGCAGUUUAUUUUUCAACGACGGCCAGAGAGAAAUGUUGUCGUGACUGGACUUUGCCUCACGACUAUAAACCGUAUGCCAAGCCCCAAAGAGUAGGCACUUUAGCCGGCGGAUCAUCCACAAAAGUCGGAACUGGAACUUUGAAGAUAACUGACGGUAGCACAAUCUUUACUUUUACUGAUGUUGUGUACGUACCGGACGCUUACAUUAAUUUCAUCAAUCCUAAUCUGUUUUUACUUGAUUAUACUGACUCGCUUUCUACUACAACGGAUGGUAUUCGUCAUUCACGUUUUGGAAUGAUUGGAGUACAUGAAGGGUAUCCUCGAUGGUUACUCCGAUCGACGUUGCGUGUAAUUCGGCCAGUCAAUCGUGCCAAUUAA